ACUAUUCUCAGAGCGCGUAGUACGUAUUUGGCGUUACUGGGAUCACCUUGCUAGGUUAAUCAGAGGUAGGGCAUAAAGAUCGUGUUUUCGAUGUAAUCGAUCGAUAUAUAUCAUUAUACCAACGAUAAAACAUAUUCCUAAUGACUCAUAAAGUUUAUACCCAACCAAUCUUUGUUGAGACGCGCGCGCUAAUUAAAAGGACAGUGGUAUUUUUCCUCGCCGAAUAGAUUCUAUUAUUUUGAUCGUUUAUUACGUAUCAAGACUAGUUUUUUCACUUUAAUUGAAUUUAUUUCACUUAAGGCAUUCGGUCAGAGUAUCGUUUUCGUUUCUAAAAUAGUUUGUCGUCGGUGUUUCAAAGAAGCAGUGAUUUUGUACUUGCAGUGAUUAUCCUUGCUUUUGUGUAAUUAUUGCAUCAAAAGCAUUCUUGGUCUAAAUCAAAGUACUUUAGCUAGUGUUUGAAAUCUUGCUAAAGUUUGUAUUGUGGUAUCCUUUUACUCGUUGAUUGACACCGUGUUCACACUGUGAUCAUAUUGUGUUUUACACCUUAAUCUGACUAGAAUUGUUAGUAGUACUCACAAAUGUGGACAACCAAACUGUUUGUUCCCUGUGGAGGAAGGAAUGCAGUGUGAUGAGUGAAAAAAGUGGUUCCAUAAGAUGUACACCCGUUUAAGUCCCACCACAUACAAAAGAUGUUCGAAGCCUAACUCACAUUGGCUUUGCAUAUUUUGCUGUGCAGAUAAGACGUUACUAAUACAGGAGGCUAUGAGCCUAUUGGCUUUGGCCUGUAAGAAGAACGAUGGCGCACGCGCUGAUAACACGAGCACUGACAGUGACGAAUGUAUCAGUGUAGUACCUGCUGUUACGAGACGCCUUAAACAACCGACUUUGACUGACGGAAAAGUGAAAUCUCCGUUAACACUAAUGAGGGGGUAGUACCACCUGACACUGACAUUGAUAACCAUCAUUCGGAUAUCUGUUAUAAACUAUGUUGAAGGGCGUAAUCUUUUCUCCAGGGAACAACAUGGUUUGACAUGCUUGACAAAUCUCAUUGCAAGAGAAGAUUGGGCUGCUGCAAAAGAUCGGAAUAUUCCUGUGGAUGUGAUCUUCAUAGAUCUAAGUAAAGCCUUUGGUAAGGUUUCCCACUCUGGUCUUAAAUUCAAACUGAAACGUUUUGGAAUCCAUUACACAGUCGUCGAUUGGAUAAGUAACUUUCUCCAUGACAGGAGACAAAGGGUAAGGGUUAAUGGGGCUCUCUCCUCGUGGGUACCUGUAAAAAGUGGGGUUCCCCAAGGCACAAUCCUAGGUCCUCUUCUCUUUUUACUUUAUGUAAAUGAAUUGCCAACUGUAGCAAAAUCAUCCGUUCUACUCUUCGCUGAUGACAUAAAGAUUUGGAGACCCAUACAUAGUAUGUCGGAUAGAAUAGUAUUACAGGACGAUCUUAGCUCAUUGGUGGCAUGGUUAGACAGGUGGUCACUAGAAGUAAAUCAUAAUAAGAGUAUAGGGAUGCAGUUAAAUAACUCUGAUGAAUCGUAUCACUAUACACCACGUGGAUUCGUGCUACCCAAAGCAAGAAACUAUAAAGACUUAGGAGUUAUAUUAAGCAAUGAUCUCAAAACGACUAGUCACUGUAAGGCUGCUGCUGCAAAAGGCUAUAGGGUAUUAUGGUCAAUUCGUAGGUCUUUUCAGUAUUUAGAUGAUGAAAUGUUUAGAUUACUAUACCCGAUUUAUGUGCGACCACAUUUAGAAUACGGGAUUCAAGCAGCGAGUCCUGGUUUCAAAUAUGAAGCAGAUAUGCUAGAAAGAGUCCAACGACGAGCUACUAAGAUGGUACAGGGUCUAUCUGGCCUAUCUUAUGAAGACAGACUGAGACACCUUAACUUAUUUCCGUUAUCUUACCGUAGAGUACGGGGUGAUCUAAUAUUGGCUUAUCGUAUACUGAACGAUGACCUUGGUAUUAACAUGUCUUAUCUUUUACUUCCGUUUAGGACUGAUCAUUUGAGAUGACAUUCUAGGGAAGUUUUAAAACCGAGAUCAAAUCGUUUACGUCUGGAGUUUCGUUUCCCGCACCGAGUAGUGAAUUAAUAGAAUUCUCUACCGGAACAUGUAAUAUCAGCACCUUCUGUUAAUAUAUUCAAAGCGAGAUUGGACCUCCACAGUAUCACAAACUUCAAGGAUUAAUAUAAGUCGAUAGACCUGUUCUUAUUAUUGAAGACUGAAGACUAAUUUGACCUUAUCAGCCGUAUUGUGGGUCUGCAGAUCUUUAUGUCAUCCACAAAUAACAGAAUAGUUUACUUAGCAACUCCAAACAAAUAAUCUCUGUAAAUCAAAAGGAGGGUCUUGGGUUAUUAUUUGGGGGACCCCGCUUGUCACCAGUUCCUUUUGCAGUUUCAGUCUGCUUUCACUCAUUUGCGCUUCUCACAGAGAAAGUUAGCCCAAUGACUAACCUCAUGAUUCGUACCAGAACGUACUAGUUUUCGAUCCCAGAUCUAGGCGAGAUGCCUUGUUGAGAGCUUGACUUAGAUCUAUAAAAAUUACGUAUACCAAUAUAUCUAUUUUUCAUUGCAUUCUAAUCUUCUCUUGCAAUGAGAAGACUAGUCAAACAUGAAAGAGCUGUUCUACAAUUAUGUUUUCUCCUGACUAAAUGAUUGUUCCUAUCUAUGUGACGUAGAAAACUGCUCAAACAAUUUUCUCCAUCAACGUAAUCACUAUAUUAGCUAGGGUGGAUAAAUGAUAUUCGCCGACUUAAUGUCUACCUUGAGUUUUGUAGAUCGAACUGGUUACUUCUUCCUUCCGGUCUCUCGGUGAUUUUGACUGGUCCAGUGACAUAUCAAAAAUUCUCCUUCCAGAGGUACCUGAAAAGGAAAUUGUGUUAGGGUGACCGCAGUGCCCAAGGAACAACCGCUUGAGUCCAGUCACACACAAUCUUUUUGUGUUGGCUCCGUACUUGUUGAAAUCUUACCUCCAGAGAUGGAUAUCCGUAAGAUGAGGCAAGGUGCGCAUUUUUAGGGUCGACCUUUUCUAAUCCCACUCUUCCUUGUUGGAAGGCAGCAUCGCUGUUUUGCUGGUUGUGUGAAGGAAACACCCUACUGCCGUCACACCUCUGUAUAGUCAGCAGUAUGGCUUCGCCCUAGGACCUUGGGUUUGCUGCUUCUAGUCUUACCGCUCUUCGACCGAUCUGCCUGACAUGAUAGGACCUUGAGGAUUUAUUGUUCCAACCAGUUUAGUCCGAUUGGCAAGCGGAAAAAGACUAUUACUAGAGUUUUGACAGAUAUUUCUUCCAGAGCCCACAUAGUUUAAGAAUGCAUUUCAUCAGGACCACUGAAAUUAUCCGGUUUGAGAUGUUAGAGUAGUCGUAGGACAACGUCAUUCCUACUAAACAUAUGGUUCAUCUAAAUUACAUUAUCGGGACUAAUAACUGUUCUUUCACCCUCAUCUGAUGUCCUAAAGCAUGGUUCGUUAGUCAUAAGGAGCUUGUUGGUAACUGUCUCAGAAAAUAAACACCCUUUACAGGUUUAUGCUUAUUCAGAUAGUAAGGAAAUAGUUCAGGUCAAACUGCAUCGAAUACAUGCAAUGGAAUUGAAGUACUGUUUUAAACUUUGCUGAUAUAAAGAUUGUAAUUUAGACUGAUGCACAUUAUUCCCAGGUUCUGUGUAGUUUAUAUCUAUGUUGUAGUUUACAUCAAUUAAAUCUUAUAAAACUGUUUGGUUACCAUCAACUCAAUGAAGUUCGACUAAGCUACUUGUUGGUUUGCAUUUACUUCUGCUAAACCAUAUUUGAGUGUUUCCCGGUCAAGUCCUUAGAUUUGUUUUCUGUAGUGCAAUCGAAUUGAUAGAUUCUUUCAAAAUCCUUACUGGUAUACUUAAUAACUUUAUUGACUUGCUGAAGAGUCCAUCCUAUAAGAUUGGCGUAUUGUAUUGCGCCAGCUGAUACGUGAAAACGUAAUCUGUAUCUCUUCAAAAUUACGAUUUUUUCACCUAUGCUCGUUUAUUUUGUAUGAUAUUGCCUGUAAAUAUUUUACUUGGGUGCUUUUUGAUUUUAGGUUGUAGUAUGAUUUGUAAAGACCAUCUUUGGUUAUGAUUCGACGUAUUAUCGAUUCAGUUUCCUUACUUGUUGAUCCGGAGCCUCAAAAUAAUAUGGAACUACUUACAGAUAAGGAUUACAGUGUAAACGCUUCUAUGGACGAUGACUCUGAUAAUGUUAACAAAGAUGCCUCUAAUGGUCUAUCAGAUAUGAGUCCUUCAUUCACUGGGCGAUUAGAAUCAUAUUUAUCCAAUGGUUGCAUCAAUGAAUGCUCUUCCAGUUCAAUCGCUCUAUCAAAUUCUAAUUCUUGUUAUAUCGCUAGUGAAGACAAUGAAUGCUCUCUGUUUAACACUCCCACAAACGAGGCGACGGUAACUCUACCUGUUCGUUCUGUAAGAAACCAGUCACAGUCUCCUGGUAUGGUUGAUUUAAGCUCCAUUCCUCUUCGUUCACUUCCAGGAGGACCAAGUUUGCAACAUGCGAGAGAUAGACUUAAGUUGAAUACUCGAAAAAAAGAAACUUAUAGGUGUCAAAAUAACAUUAGGUCCUGUUUAACUGCUCCAGUUUGUCGAAAAAUAGAGCAAGAUAAUGGUGAUUUCGAAACAGAUGGAUGUUUUUCGCAAGUAGAUCCACUAGUAAUGGAACUUGAGUGUUACAUUCUACCAUUCUAUCGAAAUUUGACAGAAUGUGAAUUAAAACUACCUAUCAAGUUUGCAGCAAAGAUUUAUCGUGGUAUACUGAAACAACUUGCAGCUGAAUAUGAACUUUUGAUACUGUCUGUUGGGAAAGAUAGAUUACAUGAUGAAUGUUUAGUUGUUCGUAAACGUGGCACUUUACAGCAGAAACAAGAGUUAGAACUGGAAGAACGAAAAGAAAAACAACGUCAGAAACAAUUAAGAGAAAAAGAGGCCAAAGAAACGGUAGAUAAGAAGGAAGAAAUUAAAAUUGGUAAUUUUAUUUUAUUCUAUGUCACUUAAAUUAUCAAUUGGUUAACGUAAAGUAUACAACUGAGCCAAUUGAGAACGAGAAAACUUCUUCAAGCUUAUGGCGUAAAUAUCAGAUUAGGGUUGGAAAUUAGGGUUGGGGUUUUACUCAGUAACUGACAUAUCAGUUAUGAUACCAGAAUUCUUAAUCACAUAUCUUGAUCCUAAUUCAAUUUGAAUAUCUUUUACGCUAAUUACGAAUAUGAAGAAUCUCUUUGAUUUCAUCCCUUAUUACUUAAGCAUCGAAUAAAGGCCGAUUGUGUCUAAUGGUUUUGUUGAACUUGAAGUUUAAAAUUAUCUGUAGUAUAUGUGUGCAUCCCGUCUAUCCGCCAGUUUUAAUUUCAUGCAUAUGCACCUCAGAAUCUGGCGCGUGUAUGUGUGCAGUCCAAAUUUCUCAACUUUAUAUCAAUAUUGAACAAAAUCGAAAACAAAGCAGUUACAAUCACUAAUGUCAAUAGUACUAGAAAAACCAAGCUUUAGAUGCGUAAUUCAAAAUAAAAGGGUGAAAUCGGGAAGUGAAAAAUGAAACUCAUGUUAUUACCUAGUGACAUAUACCCUAUAUACAUGAAUAAAUUUUUUUAUCCUACUCAGUAAGCGUCGGAAAUGCUAUUGUUUUAUUUAAUAUUAUUUUAGUUUGUAUGGUAUUAUUAAUAUUCACUAAGAAUUGUCCAAACAACUUCAUUAUUCUUAUUACCUCUUGCUAUGAGAAGCUUUAGUGGUUAGAGUGUUCAGGUUUCCCAGGUUCAAACUCCUCUCCAUCUACUUCGGUUUGGGAAACCAGGUAGUAUCAUUGGCUCUCAUACUCAAGUAUCUAAUUAAUAACUGAGUUUUUAAUGUUUUAUGAGUAACGUUCAUGGCAAACACGAAUAAGAAAGAAACCUUUCUACAUUUUUACGUAAUUGGGGCUCAGCAUCUUAAAAAAUCUCCGUUUUAAUGUCACGUCUGAAUAUUACCCCCACUUAAUUCAUUUUAAAUAACUCUAGUACAUCUGACUUUCAUAAUAGAUAUGAUUCAAAGUUUAGUAACUUACUAAGUUAUAUUAAUUUUCAGUUCUCAAUCACCAGAUCAAUCUGUUAUAUCGAUGUCAAGUGUGAAUAACUUGUUAAUUAUGAAAUGUGAAGUGGUAACCUAGUAAUUAAUGUUCUCAAAUUACUACCACUGGAUUGGAGGUUCUGAUAAACGAUUAAUAUCAUCAUCUCUCAAAUAUAUAAAAUGUGGCUCAAAACCGCUCAAGCUGAUUUACAUUUGAUUACCGUGUUACGUUGAUUAGUUAGUCACAAAAUUGUUUAAAAAACCUAUCUUUAAAUCCUUCUAUAAUAAGCUUUUUCGGUCUAUGGCUGUCAUCCAACCUGUUAGAAAGAAACAAUGAAAAGAUACAAAACUUGGUUAAUUAUUAUUUAGUGAGUGUACACAUUUUAAGGAGUAAUCCUAAUGGUAAGCUUUCUUCUGAUCUAAUAACCAUUAUUAUAUAGUUUGUCGUUCAAAAGUAAUGAUCAAUUUCCUGCAAACAUAUUCCUCAGUCUUUCUUCUCAAAAAUAUCUAAGUCGUCUACUUGUUGAGAUUUAUACAUUUUAUUGCGUUAAGUAGUCAGGUAAAUUACGGGUCUGAAUAAUAAAGACACCCAUAACCACUUUCUCAUCGUCUGGCUUUCGAUUGUCCUGAUUGACAAUUUAAAAGCGUUUGGUUUUUUAUGAGAUAUUUACAAUAAUGGAGGUUUUUAAAUGUUUGGACGUCGGUUAUCUGCAGAAAACAUAACAUAAACUUCCUAAAAACGAAGUAAUAAAAAAUAUUCAUUCAUAAAUCUCUAGUCUUUAUUCAUCCUCAUUUCAGUAAUAUUUUCCUUUCAUUUAUUAAAAAAAUAUUAGAAAAACUACAAACCGGUAAUGGAAACUUGAAUGGACAUCAAGAAAUGUGUUGUCAGGCUAGUUUUGAUGAGCAAGGACGUGAGAUUGGUCGAAAACGUGCUAAACGUAUACGAAAAGAAAGAGAACGUAGAAAACAAGCUGAACGAAAUAAAAAAAUUAUUCAUAAAAUUGAUUGUUCAAUUCAAACUAUACCAGAAGAUUAUUGGUAUUGUUCUUGGUGUAAUGAACAUAUUCCACCUAUAAGUCAAUGCGGACAUGAAGCAAUUUGUCGUGCCGGUGUUCAACAAAAACAAAUUGAAAUUGAACUUAAAACUCGAUUGAAACAACAUCAAUUACAUAUUGAAGCUAAAAAACGUCAACGUUUAGGUCUACCACCAUUGAAGAAUGAACAACAACAUAAUAAUAGUAAGAAGAAAAAUGAAUUAAUAUUUCAUUCACGUAGUCAAAGUCAUAAUCAUCGUGAUACAAAAUCAGAUAAAUUAAAUUCAACUAAACAAGAGGUUUUUAAUUGUUAGACAUUCAGAAGAAUUAUCCAGCAUCAUUUGUACUCAAACAGUUAGUUAGAUGCAAACAAUGGUACAUCAAAAUAUAUUUGUGUCACACAAUAAAAAUGAGAUUGUGAAUAGAUAGAGAAUGGAACGUGAGCAUAAUAAAAAAGGAACAAAAUUGAGUUAGUGUAUAAGAGUUAAAAAUAAUGACAAUAAUAAUAGAAGUAGUUCAGCUACGAAAAAUACAACUAGAAAGAAUUUUUACAGUUAACGAAGUUACUCUCACCUAUAUGAAGAAAGUAAAAUAAGGUUACAGCAGAACUCCCACUGGCUUCUAUUCUGAGCCAUGCCUGAUAACGUCUAUGCAUAAUCAUACAUAUAAGUGCUUUUAUUAAAAUGAGCACAAAUUUCAGCUUCUCACUACUACUACUACGAAAAGAUAUACUCAAAUGAUCGCUUAACUUGAUGAUUUUCUUCAUUUCAUCACAAAAUGAAUUAUCUUCGUCAUUUUAGAAUAUUAUACAAUCUUUAAUUUGAACGUUAAUUACUACACCAUGGAAAGGUGCACAAACUACCUUGUACACUGUACUAAUGGAUAAUUUUAUUCCUGGAGGUUAUUAUUCAAAUUGUACACUGAAAAAGCCACCAAAAUGUGGAAGCCAGAAAAUGGUUUUGGAAUAAAACACAUGAACUAUUGAACACACAGUGUGAUAGUUAAAUGUGAAUGUUAACUGUGUAAACAGAAUUCUGUGUUCAUUUUGAUGAUCGUAUUAUGACAAAUUUGGCAAGAAAUCAGUUAAUAUAAUAUGGCGAUCUUCACUUUGGACACAUUGAUGUGAGUGAAUGGAUUAGUUAGAAGUUUGUCUGUGUUUUCUGCUUGAUUGCUCGACAUUGGAUAUAAUGUCGGUAUUUCGAAAUUUCUCAAAAUAAUCGAAAAACAUAGGAAUUCAACUUUAUUAAACUUCCCCGAAUCGACUAUAUUUAUUUACUCAUUUACCUAAACACAUGAACAUUGGUACAAAGGGGCAUCAAAAUAUAUGUGCGGCACACAAUAAAAAUAAGAUUGUGAAGAGAUGGAGAAAAAAAGUGAGUACAAGAAAAAGGAAACAAAAGUGAAUAGAAAUUGUUUGAAAGUGAAAAAAAAAUUGGGGAAGCAGUCCAGUCAAGAAAAAUACAACCAGAAAGAAAUCUUUCAGUCAAAGAAGCUCCUCUCACUCAUAUGAAGGAAGUAAUUUAUAACAGGAUCGCCACUGGCUUCUAUUCUGAUAACAUCUCGAGACACUAUGUUACACCAUCUUUAGGACCCCUACCGGGGAUUCGUGAAGGACCAACAGAUGCUGUAAAGUCUUCUUUCAUAACACGACACCAUGUCACAUACUGAUAAUCUCUCUACUUUUAUGAAUCAGUCCCAGUGCCGGCAAAUAAUAAACGAUGUGGAAUUUGCUGGGAUGACACUCGUAGUGCAUAUCCAAGCCACCAUCAGUUAAAUUAUCAUCGCUGUGCUGGAACACACUUUGCCGAACCUCUUCACCACUAACAUGGUGUUGUCAGUGAAUGUCAUGUCAUUCGGAGACAACGACGGCCAAACACAGAGAGUCGGUUGACAUCCUCAACUUAGAGAGGCCAGGUUUUACAAGCAUAGAGUAAAACUGCUCUCACCGACGCAUUGUAGAUCCAACCUUUUACAGACAGACUAACGAAGGCGUCAAAGAUGGCCCAGACUGAAAUAAGCCACUUCGACGUAGAUUGGUUUCAUCAGUCACGUUACCACCAGGACUUACACAGAUACCCUCAAAUACACGAACUUCUCAACUACUUCUAACUGCCCACUACUAAGAGCGAAUGUAGUUACAGGGUCCUACCAGUCUUGUAAAAGUAAAAGGUGCAAAGCAUAUCCCAUACCUACAGACACUGAUUGCCAACUGCUUAAGUAUGGAUUACAUGGUUCGGGUAUCAUCGGAUAGUAAGACCAUAUCAUCCAUAUACUCAAAGUCGAAAAGUAUUUCUCCAAGUAACAGAUCCACAUCAUCAUUACAUACAUACAUCAGAGCUGUUUCCAGAACGUCAUUGAUAAAAGCUAUACUCAAAUACAAUAUACUUAGAAAUAUUGAUAUGCUAUAUUUGUAUUGUGCUCGAAAUUAUUAGGUACCAAGUUUUGUUUUAAUAAAAUAAAUCAACUCAACGUAUGUUUAAAAAUUAUGAUAUAUCUAUCUUCAAUUUCACUGAUUUUAUCUAAGGUGAGUUUUGAAUAUGUAUCCUUUGUACAAAUUAAGCUUAAAAUAGUAGAUCAAUUAGAUAUAAUUUUUUUUCUCUUAUUUCAUUUUAAUCUUAAUUGUAGAAAAAGUUAACACCAGAUAUCAAUAAUCCAACGAUCAAAGCGAAAACCGCAUCAGCUAAACUCGGUGAAGUUCAUCCUAAUGAUGUAGAAGCAAUGAUAAAACUUAUGCAACGUUUAUGCACAGAAUCUAAAUGUAAAUUAUUAGCUGAUAGUGAUGGCCUAUCUUUAUCAAAUAGUAAAUGUCCAAAAUGUAAACGUGCUUAUUGUCUUGUACAUCGUCCAAUUGGAAAACAUACUGCUUGUCCAUUAAACUCAGAACUAACUACCAAAGAAUGUGAUGGUACUACAACAUCUAUAGCUUGUGGUUGGGAUUCAAAUGAAAAAAAGGAAGCAUUAAAACUUGCUUUACGAGAACGUAAAGCAAAACUAAGAGAGUUACGUGAACGAUGCUGAAAAAUGAUGUUUUUUUUUAAAGGCUGUGAUUUAGUAAAAUUUGUUUUAUUAUAUUUUCUUAUUUGACAUAUUUACAUUAACUCUUUGUAAUAUUAAAUUUAGAAAUAUUUUUAAAAUGGCUUCCCUAUCUCCAUAGAUUCUCAAAACGAUUUCUUGUAAUUUUAAUUUUAGUAGUAAAAUUAUUUCUUUUUUUUACAAAUUGUAAUGCUAGUGAAUGGUUGAUUCGAUGUGGGAGGGGUUGUUCAUAAAUUUAGUAUUGAAUAAGCGUUAAUGUACAAUCACUCAUAAAUUGAAUCAAAAAACUAUAGAUUGACCGAAAACUAUUCACUAAACAUGGUAAGCGGUUGGGAUUAACAAGCUAUUAUUUAGGGGAAAAUAAUUGAAGGGUAAUCACAUUUUCAAAGUUCAGGCGAUGAUUAGUCAGUGUAUCUGUUGUUAAUUUUGAGUGAUGUCACGGAUAUUUAGUACGCUGAAGAUGCAUUGGUUGUUCACAUAACUAACUCGGUUGAACCUCCAACAAACACUCUGAUAAUAUAUCUCAGCCCCAUUUUUCUCAACGUAGUAAUGCUUUAGUCAGUAUCGAGGUUUGAAGUGAACACAGUGAUAAGUACCACUUUACUUGGUGAGAAUCCACAAAGGGCAGAUUAUAGAAAUUAUAGUUCCUGGUAGGGAGUAAACACAUCAUGAGAGUAGCUUGCAGUUUUAUUUUGGACAAAACAUGUUUCAUGAUGCAGUCUAAACUAUUGCUGUCACCCAAAUGUUGAACAUGCGCUCAAACGGAUGUGAACACCAACAGGACAAUAAAUUGCCUUUCAUUCUUACAACAAUCUAGGAAUUACUUCAAGGUAUGUACGCAUAAUAAACAAUUGUUAAUUACAUGGAUAGUUAGUUUUGUCACAGCUAAAUCAUACAUGCCUUAAUAUUUAGUGUCAAGUGAACAUUUGAUCAAAAUACUUAAGAUCAAUAAUACCACAGUUUAGUCGAAAUAAACUCAAAUAUUACUUUAGUUUUCAGUUACAUCAAUAUAGUUCCUAAUAGACAGCGGACGCUUUUAUAACUUCGUGCAUCACACCACCUAUUCCUUUCGUUCAAUGUAAAAUUCGUAUGCAACAGAACUAGUUUCAUACAUUCUAAAUUCGUAAUAACUACAC